GUCCAUGUUGCAUUCUUUGGUUAUACAAUCUCAAACACACGGUCAGAAGUUUUUGAAGUGAGAGCAAUGGCAGGGCGCAGCAGAGUUGUACAUUUGCUAAGGCAACUUGAAAAAGCAGCGUGUAGCUGCCCGGCACAUUCCCAGACCUAUCACCAAGCUUCAGGGCAUGCUUCUUGUGGAAGAACAACAGAUUAUGCAUUUGAGAUGGCCUGCUCAAACAUUAGAUAUGGAGAAGGUGUUACCAGAGAAAUUGGCAUGGAUCUCCAGAACAUGGGCGCACGGAAGGUUUGUCUGAUGACGGACAGGAACCUGUCCCGCCUCCCUCCUGUCACCGCGGCUCUGGAAUCUCUGACCAAGCAUGGGGUCGCUUACAAGUUCUAUGACAGGGUGCGGGUAGAGCCCACGGACGAUAGUUUUAAGGAUGCCAUAGCUUUUGCGAAGGAAGGAGCAUUCGAUGCUUACGUAGCAGUGGGAGGCGGCUCUGUGAUUGACACCUGCAAAGCGGCCAAUCUCUACGCCUGCCACCCUGAAGCGGACUUCUUGGACUUUGUGAAUGCUCCCAUUGGAAAGGGAAAGGCCAUAACGGGAGCACUGAAGCCCCUGAUCGCAGUGCCCACAACAGCAGGAACAGGAAGUGAAACUACAGGAGUUGCCAUUUUUGAUUUUGAGGCUAUGAAAGCAAAAACCGGGAUCGCGAGCAGGGCCCUCAGGCCCACCCUGGGGGUGGUGGAUCCCCUCCAUACCCUGCACAUGCCACAAAGGGUGGCAGCCAACAGUGGCUUCGACGUGUUGUGCCACGCCCUGGAGUCCUACACGGCCUUGCCCUACAACAUGCGUAGCCCCUGCCCCCCAAACCCCAUCAACCGCCCCGCCUACCAGGGCAGCAACCCCAUCAGCGACGUCUGGUCCCGCCACGCCCUCAACAUCGUCGCCAAGUUCAUGAAACGGGCUGUGAGGGACCCUGAAGAUAUGGAGGCUCGGUCCAGCAUGCACUUGGCCAGCGCCUUUGCUGGGAUUGGAUUUGGGAACGCCGGCGUCCAUCUGUGCCAUGGGAUGUCUUAUCCCAUCUCGGGAAACGUGAAGUCCUUCAGAGCCAAGGACUAUGAUGCGGACCACGCCAUCGUGCCCCAUGGCCUGUCAGUGGUGCUGACCUCCCCUGCAGUUUUCACCUUCACCGCCACCAUGUGUCCAGAGCGCCACCUAGAGGCAGCGCAGAUACUGGGGGCAGACGUGAGCAGGGCGAAGAGAGAGGACGCAGGGCUGCUCCUGGCGGACACCCUGCGGCAGUUCCUCUACGACCUGGAGGUGGACAACGGCCUGGCUGCCAUCGGGUACACGAAAGAGGACAUUCCUGCUCUGGUGAAAGGAACCUUACCUCAGGAGAGGGUGACUAAACUGUCGCCGAGGUCACACACAGAAGAGGACCUGACACACCUGUUUGAGGCCUCCAUGAAGCUUUACUGAACAGUGUGCACCUGCGAUUGGCUGCCUCUGAUCACUCGCCAUCAGCCAUUUAAAAUUUUUUUCCUUUUCUCUAAUGUCUGUAUACCUGAGGCCAGGUCAAAGGUCAGGUGUGAUUGGCUGUGUUGUGCGGGAGGGGCUUGGGGCUGAAGUUCUUACUGGAUGGUCAGUAUGCCAGUGCCUGUACUGUAUAUUUGAUUUGCCAGAGAUCUGCUGCCUCAUCUGGGUUUGUUCUUUCUACACUCUAGUUAAACUGAUCAAAAUGUUUCUGGCCCUGAACUUGCCUUCUCAUUUGUUAUUUGCAGGGAUAGAUUGAAAAUAAUAAGUAAUGCAUGCUACUCUUUACCCUAUUUUGAUUCAUACAGUAGGCCUGCAGCAGUACGGAGAAAAGUGAUGAUGGACCUGGGAUUUUAUUAGGAUAUGUGCAGGUUCAAAUCUUACAGCUGUUUUGUCCCUUGAGCAAAUUGUUUCAUUAAGUAUCAAACUCUAUAAAAUAAACAGAUACAUGUGUUUUUUACAUUGCAUUUGUAUGUGUUUCUGCAGUAAAACUCAUGUCAUGGUGGAUCAAGUCAAAGAUUUGAUUAAAAUAUCUUUAAUCUU